AUGCCGCUGCUAUCAGCCGACAAUGGCGACUCGAGUAGGAGUGCCAGCCGGCAGCGGGCGCGUACCGAAGUUGCCGAGCACAGGAGCAUGUGGGACCGCCUCAACUUCCAGAAGAUUGGCUCCUGGCUGAAGAAGGACGAGCACACUCCGCCGCCCUCGCCUACCAGGUUUGCCAAGCAGGCUGGUGGUGUGAACAAGGAAGGCAAAGAGAACAAGGAGGACAAGCAGGAGAUGAAAAGGCCUCACUCGAGUGGUGGAUUGCUGGGUAGGAGAGGCAGCAAGAAGGUCAUCCCGGGGCUGCCUAGACCCCUGACCUUCAAGCGAAUGCAGAGCGAGAAGAGAGACAAGCUGCUCGAGGUGCCUGAGAGCGAACCACGAAGAGCUGUGUCGGAAGACCGCAAGAGCUCCGUCCCCUCGAAACGAAACGUCUCGCCACCUCCCAUGUCUGUUCCCUCCAUGUCCGCCCCCGACGUCCUGAGCCCACACGAGAGCAACAGUGAGAAGGAGAAAGAGCCAUUGCCAAAGGAAGAGCCGCUGCCAGAGGAAGAGCCGUUCCCAGAGAUGGAACGCGGCGAACGCACUAUUGGCGGGGGACCAGACUCGAACAUACCGGCAGGCGCGCGGCAGGUGGAUUAUGGCAUAGAGGAGCCCGAAGACUACAUGUCUGCAGGUGAUGUCUCCACAAUUGAGGGGCCGCCUCCAGUAGAAAGGCCACCGCCAGCAGAGCCAGCAGACGCCUUCUCGGAACACGGCUCGCAUCGUUCAGGCUCAGACAUAGACGAUAUACGGUUGCAGGAGGAGCUCGAGGCAAAGUGGAUCCUGAACCUCAGCAUGCACUUUCGAGACAUGUCAGAUCGCGAAAAGUUCUUCGUCACAUUCGCCGAGGAGCCAAACAGAUGGAGGAGGGUAACAGUGUCGUGCGACUACCGGCACCUGGAGCCUGAGUCGCUCGAGGCUGACCUCAAGACGCUGCACUACCAACGCGACAAGAGCUCACGAAUAUACGAAGCGAUCCGUGACUCCCUGCCGGCCAUCCAAUUCUAUGAUACCGUCACGAACCUCAAGCUCGAAACAGCGGAUGGUCGUCUUCACGUGCACGUCACGGAGGAUGUUAACGAGAUCAUCCCAUACCCGGCCACAUCGGCGAUUGAACACCUGGACUGCAAGCGCUUCCGAGAGAACGCAGUUUCCUUCGACUCCCACAUCUCAGGCUUUGUGUACAAAGUCUCUGUCAACAAUCGGACAUACAUCAAGAAGGAGAUCCCUGGUCCAGAUGCAGUCGAGGAGUUCCUGUACGAGAUCAACGCUCUUGUCAGCCUGCAAGAAUCCAAAUCAGUCAUCAGGUUCGAAGGCGUUAUAGUCGAUGAGCAGAACGCGCUCAUCAAGGGUCUACUAAUUAGCUACGCCGAGCAAGGCGCGUUGGUGGAUAUGAUCUAUGACUUUAAGCCAACAGGGCAACUGUACUGGGAACGCCGCGAACGAUGGGCACGGCAGAUCAUCGAGGGUCUGUCCGAGAUUCACGAAGCCGGAUUUGUGCAGGGCGACUUUACACUUUCAAACAUUGUCAUUGAUAAUGACGACAAUGCCAAGAUCAUCGACAUCAACCGUCGUGGCUGCCCUGUCGGCUGGGAGCCACCUGAGCUGGCCAAGCUUAUCGAAAGCGGACAACGAAUAUCGAUAUAUAUUGGCGUCAAAUCGGAUCUCUACCAACUGGGCAUGGUGCUGUGGGCGCUAGCAGAACAACAAGACGAGCCGGAGCGCCAGCAAAAGCCUUUAACUCGCACACUCGAUCGGCAGAAUACUGAUGUGCCAGUGUACUUCCGCGACAUCAUCAGAGCCUGUCUCAGCGACGCGCCCCGAGCAAGACCAUCAGCAGCAAACCUUCUCAAGUGGUUCCCCGAGGAUAUCCUAGAUACAGACUUCAAGCCCAAGGCUGCUAUUAGAAGCAGUGUCUCCACACACAGGAGCGACAAAGAGUACAUCGACCCCAGGACGGCAGUCGAUCUUGAGGACAUAUCGAAACACCGCCGCCACUCAAGACAGCAGUCGUCAUUCGAAGAGAUUCACGUGCCGCGCACAGAGUAUCCCGCUUCCUCUGGCUCAUACAUCAUUCCCAACAAUCACUCCGAUCGUGGACGCUCACCUGACCCUUUGAGCAUCGGUGACAGAAACGGACGGAGUGAAUACUCGCCUUAUCCCGCUCACCGAUCAGUCAUGUCACUCGACGACUCAGAACUUGAGAACGAGCUUGCAAGUCUACCAGCUAGUAGAGAGACAAGAUGGGAGCAGGUUUACAUUGAUGGUGAUACCAAACUAGUCCAAAGAGGAUGCGCCGACCUUGACGUCCACGACUUUACCACACAAGAGCCCAAAGAUAUAUGCAUCACCAGCCCCCCAGUGGAGAUGGAGAAUUCGUUUCUAGGUAGCAAGUCAGCUGAAGAUACCCCUCUGAGGGUGUCGUUUGUCGGUGGGCUCCAACCGGCUGAGCCACACUCCAUGGAAAGCAGCCUACAAGAAUCAUCUGUCCGGGGUCAUGAUCGAGAGGUAGAGAACAAGGCUUCAUUUAGCAGUCGAGUGCAUGAGCUGGCACAAACACAGCCAGAGCACACACCUUCAGAGCUAGAUGCUACGCCAGACUAUUAUGAGGGUCGGCAGUUUCAUAUACCUGACUCUGCUGUACUCGCCAACCUGGAAUACGAUGUUGCUAUGGACUCUUCCGCCUCCAACACUGCUCCUCCAUCACGGGUAAGCACUGGCUUCUCUGUCUUCGAUCGCCCCGAACAUUCGCGGAGAGUUGGAACCGGUCUCUCGAUCGCGCACGGAUAUCGAAUGCCACUGCAUCAAGAUUCAGGCUUUGAGGAACCCGAGCGGAGAUCGUUUGAAAGUGAGCGGAUGCGCCAAAGUCUUGAUGAAAGUAUCAAAGAUCUGAACUUUUCCAGUGAAGACGAGGCAAGGAUUGAUGAGCGACUAUGGGAUGAGAAAGGAGGCCCAGUGUUCGGCGAGGGUGUCCGUGGAGCCGAGCUAGAGAUCAGGCCGGAGCCCAUACCCAUAUUCACCAUCCCAGCAUCGCCGCAGAAGAAAGAGAAACAGAAACAGGCGCGCACAUCAAUGCCACCUCCACCGCUACCUAGUGUCGGGCCCUCCAAUGUACUCAGUGUUGAAGAUGUCCAAGACAAAGCUUUGGAAGAGAAGAACUCAAACACCACUAUCCGAGCGCCCAGCAUUCGUACACCGGACUCCAAACGCGCAGGCCCGAAAGCCGUCGACUCCAUGGAUGUCGUUUCAACGGACACCAAACACACUUCAAAGAAAGCAAACACCAUUGGUUCAUCAUCUAAAGACAAACUGCCAGGCAAGCCAACGCACGACCCUUUCCUCGAUGAAUACAUGUCACCAGCCGAGGACGACGACGAUGACGAAGAUGACAACCAUCGCGCAUCGAACGAUCUCUCCGCCUACCUCUCCCAGUCUAUUUCCUUUUAA